AUUGUCAAUAACAAAGCGACGCACAAAGCACCAACGUCGGAUAAAUAAUAUCAAUAUAAGUGAUAAAUCUUAUAGAGAACUGAUAAGAUGAUUUAUCAAAUCGGUGUGUUGUUCGUGCUUGGGUGCUACCUCACAGUAACCACAGCACUGCCUCCAUGCGUCUGUAGUGCGACACACGACCAGAAGCCCGUAUGUGGCUCUGAUGGACAGACAUACAGUAGCGUGUGCAUGUUGAACUGCGCCCGAGCCAUAAACCCUCAUAUAACCAUGCAGGGUGAGGGCAGGUGCAAGAGGGAGGCGCCUAGCUGCUUCUGCACCUUCGAGAACAAUCCGGUGUGCGGUACAGAUGGGCAGACCUAUUCCAACGAAUGUGAGUUUAAUUGCAAGCAGGCAACCGAGCCAAGCCUUCGCGUCGAGUAUAAUGGCGAGUGCCGCGCCAAAAGACAAGUGAAAGUCGCAAGCCUCUCGCGCUGCACUUGUCCCAGGGUGACGAAAUAUGUGUGCGGGAACGAUGGAAACACCUACGAUAACGCGUGCCUCUUAAACUGCGCAUCGGAAGCCAACCCGAGCCUGUAUGUGCAACACGAUGGACCUUGCGAUGAUGUCGUCAAGGUCGUCAAUCACGCUGAAAACAAUCCCGCAUGCACGUGUACAAGGAAUUACACACCCGUGUGUGCUUCUAACGGCGUCACCUUCGGAAAUGAAUGCCUAAUGCGGUGCUCCGGCACGCAUCUGACUGUACAGGCUUACGGUCCUUGUUAGGCUAUUAAAUAAUUGACAUUGACUGUUUUUGAAUUGUAUUACAUAAUUAAAUAUUGAUUUAUAUAUUAUCAUUGACAUAAAAUUAAGAAGCGCAAAGCUAACAUAAAAAAAAACAAUAUUAUGGUGCUUGAAUCAAUAAGAUCAAUCAAUCAAUUAGAUAAUAAUAUAAAAAUAUCACUUUACUACAGAAAUUGUAUAUAUACUAGACUAUCAUCACAGUACAAUAAAUUUUUAUUUAACUUUGUUGUGGUUCAAGUUCAUUCUAUUUUUUGAUGUUCACAAUUCACCUAUACAUACCGUUCCGUACCGUGCCGUUGCAAUAUGUAUUUUGUGUACUUAUGUUUCAGAAAGUACUUAAGAUCAAUUAUUAAUAAUAAGUAAUGGCAAUGUUAAUUAAUAUCUAGUUUAUAAUAUUAUGUUAUAAAUUGUUUUGUUAAAUAUUUUAGGUGAUAAUUUUAUUUUAAAACCUUAAAAAAUAAAUAGUAAUAAUUUACAAACGGCUUUAUUUAUUUUUUAUUUUGUACAAUCAGCUGUUUCGCUUUAUCAAGACCAAUAUUCUGCGGUCAAUAUGAUCUGUAAUCGCUUUUAAAACUUUAGUUAAUAAAUGAGUUAAUGUUGUAAUUGCAGAAGUUGCUUUUCUAUAAGAGCUUUUUGCCUCUUUACUUGUGAUCACAGGUUAUUCCCUAAAUGAGUGAAUGUACAUAGGCAUUACAUGUUAUUCGAGGUUAGAAACUGUACACAUCCUUAAAUUGCUGGAUCCCACGAUGUGUGUUUAUUUAAAUAUCUAGUAUUGUCCAGAUAGAAUUUCUUAAAGCACCCAUUUUUAAGUUUCGAAUCGAGACAAAUUCUCAAAAAAUGCUACAAUUGUCGCCUUGAUGAUUCUUAAUUGCAUGUAUUAUUAUCCCAUGAAUUAUUUUUAAUCAUAACAACAUAAACCAUGUUUCUUUACUUGUGGAACUUUUGCAAACGAAUCUAGAAACUCGGUAGUGUGUCAGCCAAGUUCUACUAAGAAAAGGGCGAUGCCAUAGUUUUACAUUAAGAACGUUGUACAUUCCUAUAGCUAUGAUUUACGGAACUGUUACAGCACUUAGUAUGUGUUCAGAUAUCAAUUCUUUUAUCAGCGAAGCCGACAAUCCUGAACGUCGUUUAACCUUUUUAUGUUUUUGGUGUUACCUCUUCUACCGACGUCGAAUGGGCGGCUAGGCGAACUAUAAUUAAAAGAUAUGCUAUAUAUUGC